AUGGAUUGUUAUUUUUAGAAGAAGUCCUUUUUGGAUUUGAUACGGAAAGUCUAUGAGGUUUUCAUUAAUAUAUAAAUUAAAAUCGCAAAUCUUGAUUGCUUAUAAUUCGAUCUCUAAUCAAUUAUCGUUUUGACAUAAUUAAUUCCAUUGUUGGUAGACAAAAUUAUAAGAUUUUAAUUCAGAAUAUUUAUUUUCCAAAAUCGCAUUAGAUUAGAAUAGUAAUAAUAACAAUAUCCUCCUCUUUAUAUAUUUGAAUUGUUGAACCUAAUAAUAGUAAGGUUAAAUUUUUAUUAUAAUAAUUAAUUAUUUAUAUAUAUGGGCAAAUUCACAAAAGAUAAAAGAGUAUAAAGAAAUUCAUCAUAUUCUAAAUAAGUAUUAUAUAAUAUACUUAUUAAAUAUAAACUUAUCACUAUAAAUGCACUUUUCACCAUUUUUAGGAUAUUUAUUAUAGGAAAGCCAAAGAAGAUCAAUUCAGAGCCAGAUCAGCAUAUAAGCUAUUACAAAUAGAUGACUCCUUCUAAAUAUUUAGACAAGUUGAGAGAGCAAUAGAUUUAUGUGCUGCUCCUGGCAGUUGGUCAUAAGUUCUGGUUAAGAAGUUGACAGAAAAGAAUUUCCUUCCAUCCGAGAGUUGCAGAAUAGUUUCAGUGGAUUUGUAAGAGAUGGCUCCAUUAGAUCACGUCACUUAAAUUUAAGGCGAUAUAACUAAAAAAACUACUGUGGAUGAGAUUUUAAAAAAGUUCAAUUACUAAAGAGCAGAUAUAAUUGUUUGUGAUGGUGCACCUGAUGUCACAGGAUUUCAUGAUAUUGAUUAUUACAUCUAAUCUUAAUUGAUAGUGGCUGCAUUGAAUAUCUGUUUGAUGACUUUGAGAGAAAAUGGAAUAUUUGUUGCAAAAAUAUUUAAAGGUUCAGAUAUCAAGUUGUUGUACUCUUAGUUUAAACUGUUCUUCAAUUAAGUGUAUUUUAUGAAACCCAAGUCAAGUAGAGCCUCAAGUGUCGAGUACUUUAUUAUGUAAAUAAGUAAUAAAUAAAUUUAGAUGUCUUCAAUAUACACCUAAAAUUUAAACUCAAAACUUCCACUUAUACACAUUUCUGAAGGAAAUUGAAUAGGCAGAAAAACAGAAACAAGAAGUUAGUGAUUAAUAAACAGAAAAGGAAUAGUCCAAAUAUUACAAAUUUAUUACAUGUGGAGAUCUAUCAGGAUUUGAUGAAAAUUGA